GGCUUUGAGUUGACAGGACGGGAAGGCAACCAUCUAUGAAGGCUUUAAUGUACGUAUAUACCUUGUCUAAGCCUGUGUGUAAGUGUGUAUGCUACAAUCCUGUUCGGAUACCUUUAGUAUCUUCCCAAUCAUCUACUCUAGUGUUCUAAGUGCUCAGGAGAUGUGAGGCACUGUGGUGUAUAGUACUAGUACAUACCAUACAUAGUACCUAGUAGUACAUUACAUACACGUACUUAGCUUAGCGUACAUCAAGCAUCACGCCAAGCGGGACCUUGCUGCAUUGCUCCCUUGACAUCUGCGCAGCACAACAAGAUCCAAGUUUCAAUCAAGAUGAAAGCUAUACUCCAGCGGGUUCUCUCAGCCUCGGUUACGGUGGAAGGGGAGCUUGUCUCUUCCAUCGGUAGAGGCGUGCUUGUUUUCGCGGCCGUGGGGCCCGGGGACACCGAGAAGGAGGCUGAGUUAUUAGCAGCCAAGGUGUUGAAGUUCAAGCUAUGGGACAAUGCAAAUGGUGGUCGGGUGAGAUUUCCAUUGUUGAAGAUCAUUGCCCAGUGGCGCGAGCCAGCUCUAAUAGGACGGGAUCAGUGGAAGAUGAACGUCCAGGAUAUCGACGGCGAAGUUCUAUGUGUUUCUCAGUUUACACUUCUCGCCUCGACCAACAAAGGCAGCAAACCCGACUUCCACAACGCAAUGGGCGGAGAAGACGCCAGAAGGCUGUAUCAGUAUUUCUACCGCAAAGUGCAGGACGGCUACAAGGUAGACAAAGUCAAGGACGGAGUAUUUCAAGCAAUGAUGCAGGUGGCAUUGGUCAACGAUGGACCGGUGACCCUCGAGCUGUCAGCGCACCCAAAGCAGGAUCACAAUCUGAAGAAGCCGAAAAUAGGCGAAUAGCAAACUCGACCUUCCGGAAGAUAAGAAACGCCAAUGGUGUAGUGCAUCUGGUCUCAGC